GGUUGGAGCAGCAGACUGGCUGUGUCGGGCGGACUCACCGCCACAGAAGACGCUUUCCUGGAGGAGUAACGCUACGCUUUCAUCUUUUUACGGAUUUUAUACGUAGAAUUCUGUGGAUUGGUUUUGUUCCAUGUUUGUAUCACCUCGUCUCGGUGUGAAACCGGGAAAAUGAAGAGUGGAACCCCGCUGGAAGAAGCUGCUUUUACCUCGCAAAGAAACGGCAACAAAGAGCCUUUAAGGAAGUAACGUGAACGUUAACGUUAACGUUAGCCUGGCGACGCAACGCAAGUAAGUUAGCAACAAACCCGAAGUACCGCGGCGGACCCCUUCUCCACCAUGGCUUACAGCAGACUGCUUCGCGCCGUUUUGACUUUACUGUUUUUAAUGCUGUUUGUGAACGUGGGGAUCUUUCGAGUCAACGGGCAGUACGGCGGCGGGGACCGAGGAAUGUCUAUACCGGAGCACGGAUUUUGCCAGCCCAUUUCCAUCCCGCUGUGUACGGACAUCGCGUAUAACGAGACCAUCAUGCCUAACCUGCUCGGCCACACCAACCAGGAGGACGCCGGGCUGGAGGUGCACCAGUUCUACCCGCUGGUUAAAGUCCAGUGCUCUCCGGAUUUAAAGUUCUUCCUCUGCUCCAUGUAUGCGCCCGUGUGCACGGUGCUCGAGCAGGCGCUGCCUCCGUGCCGCUCUCUGUGCGAGCGCGCGCGCCAGGGCUGCGAGGCGCUCAUGAACAAGUUCGGCUUCCAGUGGCCCGACAGCCUCGCGUGCGAGACCUUCCCGGUACACGGCGCGGGAGAGCUGUGUGUCGGGCAAAACAUGACCGAGCGGCCCGAGCCGGACGGCCCCGCGCCGUACCCCACUGAGCGUCCGCCUGCUGGCCCCGCGAACGGUCAGUUCAGCUGCCCGGCCUCGCUCAAGGUCCCCCCCUACCUGAACUACCGCUUCCUCGGCCAGGAGAACUGCGGCGCUCCCUGCGAGCCAAAGAGAUCUCACGGGAUGAUGUACUUCAGCGAGGAGGAGCUGAAAUUUGCCCGGAUAUGGAUCGGGAUCUGGUCGGUUCUGUGUUGUGCGUCCACGCUGUUUACAGUGCUGACCUAUCUGGUGGACAUGAAGCGCUUCAGCUACCCGGAGCGGCCUAUUGUCUUCCUCUCUGGCUGCUACACCAUGGUGUCCAUCGCCUACAUCGCUGGGUUUCUGCUGGAGGACAAGGUGGUUUGCAAUGACAGGUUCGACAACGACAUCAGGACUGUGGUGCAGGGCACGAAGAAGGAGGGCUGCACCAUCCUCUUCAUGAUGCUCUACUUCUUCAGCAUGGCCAGCUCACUGUGGUGGGUCAUCCUGGCUCUGACCUGGUUCCUGGCAGCGGGGAUGAAAUGGGGUCACGAGGCCAUUGAGGCUAACUCCCAGUACUUCCACUUGGCCGCCUGGGCCGUGCCCGCCAUCAAGACCAUCACCAUCCUAGCCGUAGGCCAGGUGGACGGAGACGUGUUGAGCGGGGUCUGCUUCGUCGGCAUCAACAGCGUGGACGCCCUGCGGGGCUUCGUCCUGGCGCCGCUGUUCGUCUACCUGUUUAUCGGAACCUCCUUCCUCCUGGCAGGGUUUGUGUCGCUAUUCCGCAUCCGGACCAUAAUGAAGCACGACGGCACCAAGACGGAGAAGCUGGAGAAGCUGAUGGUCCGGAUCGGGAUCUUCAGCGUGCUGUACACGGUGCCGGCCACCAUCGUCAUCGCCUGCUACUUCUACGAGCAGGCGUUCCGAGAGCAGUGGGAGACGACGUGGGUCAGCCAGACAUGCAAGACGUACGCCGUGCCCUGUCCGGUCCAGAACCACCCCAACAUGAGUCCCGACUUCACUGUCUUCAUGAUCAAGUACCUGAUGACGCUGAUAGUAGGCAUCACGUCCGGCUUCUGGAUCUGGUCUGGGAAGACACUAAACUCGUGGAGGAGGUUUUACACGAGACUGGCCCACAGUAAACAGGGGGAGACCACGGUGUGAUGGGGUCCCCCUCCACAUCGGCCCUCACCCAACACAGACUGCUUACUGACAAACUGAAUGAUAAACUACGGAGGAGGAUUAGGACCACAUGUGAGAAAACGCAAUUCUGACAUUUUUAUAUGAUUUU